UACAUCUACUUAAGCUUUGCAUGUGAGUUUUUAAUAUCCAUAUCCCUCUGAUGGCAAAAGAAAAAACUUGUAAGUGGUUUUCCAACAAGAGUCUUAUGUUAAGCCUCAGUCGCCGAAAAUCAAAGUCAAGCAAUACUACUUCUUCAACCUCAAGCUCUCCUCUUUCUCCUAUCUCUCAGUGCACACCAAAAAAUCCUAAUAUUUCAAGAGAAGAUGAGCUAAAAGAGGUAUUUCGCCAUUUCGAUAGCAAUGGAGAUGAUAAGAUUUCAGCCCUCGAACUUAGGUCUUAUUUUGGGUCAGUUGGAGAAUAUAUGUCUCAUGAAGAAGCACAAGCUGUUAUUGAUGAUCUUGAUUCGGAUGGAGACAAGUUGUUAGAUUUUAAAGAUUUUUUAAAGUUAAUGAAAAAAGAAACAUCAGCAAGUGAAGACGAGGAAGAAGAUGAUGAUCUUAAAAAGGCAUUUGAAAUGUUUGAAAUGGAGAAAGGAGCUGGUUGCAUAACUCCUAAAGGAUUGCAGAGAAUGCUCCAUCGAUUAGGCGAUUCGAGAUCGUACGAUGAGUGUGUUGCUAUGAUUCAUGUUUUUGAUAUUGAUGGUAAUGGAGUUCUUGAUUUUCAAGAAUUUUAUCGAAUGAUGGCUUAAUUUAGUUCAUUAAUAAUACUAAAAGCAAGAGGCAUGGGGCAUAUUUGUAUUUAUAUAUGUUAAAAGAAGGGAAAAAAGAAAUUAAAGAGGGAAGGAGGGAGGAAGAGAGAAAGAGUAUUGAAGGAGCUUCUCUUUCUUUCUUUCAUUAAUUUCUUUUUCUUUUGUUUGGGAAAUUCUUGCUUGUUCUUGUAAAUGAAGUACUUGAGUUCGGAAAUGAAGCAGACCAUGUGUGGGUUGGCUUUUGAAUCCUAUUUAUUUUCCUUUUGAUUUUAUACUUUAGUGUUUUGGAUAUUUCAAUUUGUAUGCCUUUGUGGUUAGUGCAAUAGUAGUUGUUUUCUUGUUUA